CUUUUUUAUGUAAUGUCAAAUGUUUUGGUCCAAUCGCGUCUAUUUGUUGUUAACGUUGUUAAUGUAGUAAAAAGAUUAAUAAAUUAAGGAAUAUUUCGUGUGAGAUUAAAAAUUAAUAAGUGUGGAAACGAGGUUUGAGAAAUUUAAUAAGUAUUCAGAGUCAUGUACAAUGCCCCCCAGAAGAGGAAGGAAAAGGAAAGCUACUACAGAUGAUGCGGAUACUCCGUGCACAAUUGUAGACACAGUGGAAACAGCAAACGUUCCGGAGUGGUUCAGGAGAUCCAAUGUGAACAGUCUCGUCAAGAGGAAAAUCACUACAUUAUUCCCUGGUGAUUCCGACUUGGCUGAAAACAAAGAAUUCCAGGAAAAGUACCUUGAGUACUUCUACAAGCUUUAUACUGAGAAACCGACGUCCAGACGUCAUCCAGAUCUCCGCCUCUCCGAGUUGCAUUUCAGAGAUCCUCCAAUGUCCCGGGAGGAUAUCAGACACUGUUUCCUGAACAACAUUUAUAUGUUGGAAUGUCGUGUGGACAUGACCAAACGCAAUCUGUACCUUAAAUGCGAAAAACAUUCCUACAUGAAUUUUAUGAAUAAGUAUGAGAGCUAUAGAAAUGCAGAAGCUUUCCCGUCUUUCCGGAGGCUUUCCCAUCGAACAAUGAAGUAUGUCAACAAGUACAUGAGCAAAUUUCUGAGGUACCUGGAAAAUCUAGAAGAAAAGGAUCGCCUUAGGGACCAAGGAAACUCUUCGACUGAAAGUUCAGCGGAAGAUGCCACUGCCAAAAAGUCAUCAGCUGCUCCCCGUUCAGUGAAAUUGCGCAGGUUGCAGGAAGAAAAGGAGAAGCAGAAAGUCUUAGACGAGUCUGAAAAUCGUGUCCUGGCGGGUCCUAAGAAGAGAGUAAGGUUUCUAGAGUCAGACGAAGAAGACUCUGAUGAAUUGCGUGAGUCCGCUGUUGCAGCACUUUACAAUCUCGAUGGCAUGCCUCCAGAAUUUCGGGAAGAGUGUGAAAAAAUUCUGCGUGAUGCCGAUGAUGCAACUAAGUCUGCAUCUAAGCCUGGACCGAGUAGAAUAAAGUCUUCAGCUGCUCCUCUUUCUGUUAAGCUUCAAAGGGUAGAACAGGAACAACGAAGAAACUUGAGUGCUCAGCAGAAGAAAAUAGGCGCUGAAAGUCAUCCGGAAAGCGAAGAAGCUUCCACUGAGUACGAUCAGGCGGCUGUAGAAGCUUUGUACAAUGAAGUCUAUAAUCUAGGAGAUUCAGAGAUUCUUGCGGAGCUGGAAGAAAUUGAUUGUCAAACGCCACAGAAGACAGUUCCUCUAGAAAUGAACAAGAAGAAGAAGUCUCAGCCUCGUUCUCAAGCCAUUGAUGAUGAAAAAGAAAAUAGGACGAUGGAUAUGAGCGAUUCAGAAGAUGACUUUGUUUUUUGCAAUCUUCCAAAAAAGAGAAAGAAUCUCAAAAAUAUUUCUAAUAUUGCUCCACCGCCCAAAAAAAAACCUCCAGUGACUAUUAAGAAGCCAAAAGCUGCUCCACUGAGUGUUAAAAGACAUUGGGAGGCGACCAACAAGGAUACUCAAAGCGCCAAUCAAUCACAGAAUAUUUUGUCGCAGAAGUCCAAUUCGAGCGAAAAUAAUGAUAACGAUGGGAAUAAUAAUUCAGUAUCGAUGGAUAUUUCCUGCAUUAGUGACGAUGGUUUUCACUUAAAUUUACACACUGCCAGGGAAAACAACGAAGAUUUGCUGGGAUCUAUUCCUCUUACAGGACAAGGUCUGUCACAAGAAGUUCCGGAAUGUUUUAUCUCUAGUACACCGAAUUUUCGACCGGACAUUCUUACUGUCCGAUUGAAUGAUGAUCGUCUCCUCAAUAGUGUUCGCAUUCAUCGUGACAUCAGAAGCUACGUUGAUGGUGGAAUGGAUCGCAUAGAAGAGAACUCACUGAAUGAGAGUGACACAAGUGCGCCAUCCAGCUGUGAUAGGGAACCAAUCGAGAUAUCAGGAUCCUCUGCAAGGUUUGACAAAGACAAGACUACGCAGGACCUCUUGGAAUCAUCAAAUGAUUCCAGUGACACUGAAAGCGAUACUAAUCAAGACGAGGAUAAUUCGAGCAAUAUAAUUGUUUUAGUGAAUCUCCGUGAAGAAUUUAAGAUCUGUUUCGAAGAUUGGGGUGAAUAUUUAUUUGCAAACUUUGAACAAUUGAUGAACACCUUUGUAUUGCAAAAUCUUCCGGAAUAUGAUGAUGAUGUGGAGGCAAUUUCGGAAAGUUUUCCACCAAGAACUGAGCUAGUCUGUGUUGAGGAUUUAUCUCAGCGAAUGAGUCAACUGAAUAAUGCUCAAGAUCCACUUUAUUUUACUCAAUAAAGAAUUCUGUGCCAAUUUAAUAUUUAAUAAAUCCAAUAGAUCUUUA